GUUCGGGGAUAUGCACGUCACUUGGUGGGAUGUCCGUGUAUGAAGCCAUCGGAUAUGGUGUAUUGGACUCUCGUCUGUUUCGAUUGCCAACUAGCCUCGGAAAUUCGCAGACAAUCUCAAACCCAAACUCCAAGCGUCGACGAAUACAAAAGGCUGUCGGAAAGAUUUUUGGAUGGAAACCGCAAGACAGUGAUAGACGGUAUCAAGACGCAGACACGGUCGAACAAAUAACAGAUGAAGACGAGCUACCUGCGUAUGAUCUGGCUGAUAUCCCGCCUCCACCAUACAGUGAGCCUGAAACGAGUCCAUCGGCAGAUUCUCGGGCAGAGAAAAUCACUGGGCAUGGAAGAACACAGCGAUGGAGAAAUCUGAGGACUCGAGUGAGAGCGAUUUGCCGAUAACGGUGUGGGAAGGUGCUUUAACAAUGUUACGAUGGGUAGAAAUGUGGAGAAUGGGCUUCUACUACGAUGGGCCAACCGUGGACGUACAUUACAUACAUUUUAUACAUAUAUUAAGUUUUUUAUAACCAUG